AUGCCUCUAAUACCUCAAAACCUAGGCUUUCUCGGGAUUUCUUCUCUAAAGUCUUCUUCUUUCGCACUCUUUCUCAGACCCUUUUCUCUCUACCCAAUCUUCGCUGCUUCUCCUCCGUCUUCUCGCCCCAGCCGUCGUCCUCGCAUUGACCCAUCUCCUCGCUUCCCUCCGAGACGCAAGUGGAGUAGUUUCGAGGAGGAUAAGAGCAGGCAGCAGAGAAAAGGCAUGGAGAAAGACAAAGCUAGUUUUCAAAAAUCUCCUCCUUCUCCUUCUUCUGAUUCUUUCGAGUUUAAUAAGAGAAGAGCUGCGGGAAUGGAUAAGUUCGAUAAGCCUAAGAAGAAUCUCAAGCGCAAAACUCGCACUCUCAAUCCUACCAACACCAUUGCCUAUGUUCAGGUACUUGGGACGGGAAUGGAUACACAGGACACAUCACCUUCUGUGUUACUCUUCUUUGACAAACAAAGAUUCAUCUUUAAUGCUGGAGAGGGGUUGCAGCGUUUCUGUACUGAACAUAAAAUUAAGUUAUCAAAGGUGGAUCAUAUAUUUUUGUCUCGUGUAUGCUCUGAGACAGCAGGCGGGCUUCCAGGUCUCUUACUAACUCUAGCUGGUAUUGGUGAUGAAGGACUAUCCGUAAACGUAUGGGGUCCAUCUGAUCUCAAGUACUUAGUUGAUGCUAUGAGGUCAUUUAUCCCUCGUGCCGCUAUGGUUCACACACGAAGUUUUGGCCCGUCGUUGAAAGACUCCACACCUCAAAGUGGCUCAAGUAAACCCAAAGAUGGUCCCUUUGUUCUUGUGGAUGAUGAAGUUGUGAAAAUCUGUGCCAUUCUCCUAGAACCGAACCGGUCAGAGGAGUCCAGAAGCAAACCUGGUGAAACAUCUGUUAUAUAUGUAUGUGAGUUACCUGAAAUCAAUGGAAAAUUUGAUCCAAAGAAGGCUAUGGCUCUUGGACUGAGAGCUGGUCCGAAAUAUGGUAAACUUCAGUCUGGACAGUCAGUGAAGUCAGAUUUCAAAGAUAUUACGGUUCAUCCGAGCGAUGUGAUGGGCCCUUCGUUUCCUGGUCCUGUUGUUUUGCUUGUGGACUGUCCAACAGAGUCACAUGCUGAAGAACUUCUAUCUGUUCCGUCUAUGAAAUGUUACUAUUCAUGUCCUGACAGUUCAACAGAUGGGGCUAAGUUUGUUAACUGUAUCAUUCAUCUAAGUCCAGCUUCUGUAACAAAUAGUCCUACUUACCAAUCCUGGAUGAAGAGAUUCCAUUCUGCUCAGCACAUUCUCGCUGGACAUGAAGCGAAGAAUAUGGAGUUUCCUAUCCUAAAAGCCAGUUCUAGAAUCACAGCCAGGCUUAACUAUUUAUGCCCACAGUUCUUUCCAGCUCCUGGAUUCUGGUCUCCUCAACAUGUUAAUAACAACUCGUGCGUUGGUUCAAGUCUUGGUGAAAACAUUUCCGCGGAAAAUCUCCUCAAGUUCACUUUGCGGCCACAUGGUAACCUUGGGCUAGACAGAUCUUGUAUCCCUAGUCAGUUGACAUCCUCACGAGUGAUAAGUGAGCUACUUUCAGAGAUUCCUGAGAUCAGAGGCAAGACUGAAGAAGUCAAGCUGCUAUGGAAUGGACUAGACAACAAGAUGAUGGUCGAAGAGCCAUGGCUGGGUGAGAGCAUUGUUCCAAGCUGUCUCGAAAACAUUAGACGAGACGACAUGGAGAUCGUUCUGUUGGGCACUGGCUCGUCCCAACCCUCGAAAUACAGAAACGUCAGUGCGGUUUACAUCGAACUGUUCUCUAGAGGUAGCAUGCUCUUGGACUGUGGUGAAGGCACUUUAGGCCAGCUCAAACGAAGAUACGGUUUACAAGGAGCCGACGAAGCAGUCAGAAACUUGAAAUGUAUAUGGAUCUCUCACAUCCACGCUGAUCACCAUACAGGUCUUGCAAGAAUCCUUGCUCGUAGACGUGAGCUUUUGAAAGGAGUGUCUCACGAGCCAGCAAUUGUGGUUGGACCGAGACCGCUCAAGAACUUCCUCGAUGCGUAUCAAAGACUUGAGGAUCUAGAUAUGGAGUUUCUUGAUUGCAGGAGUACAACAGCUACUUCUUGGGCUUCUCUAGAACCUACCUGCUCAGAGAAAACUACAAGUAACGGUUCUUUGUUCAGUAAAGGAAGUCCAAUGCAGAGUAUCCAUAAAAGACCGAGUAGCCCCAUGACAGACAAUUCUUCAGCUUUACCUUACUUGAAGAGACUGAAAAAGGUCCUUGGCGAAAUGGGUUUGGAGGAUUUGAUUAGCUUCCCCGUUGUGCAUUGCCCUCAAGCCUUUGGUGUUGUUUUAAAAGCAGCGGAGAGGAGAAACACCGCCGGAGAUGAGAUCCCGGGGUGGAAAAUGGUUUACUCAGGCGACACAAGGCCUUGUCCUCAGAUGGUUGAAGCUUCAAAAGGAGCAACUGUUCUUAUACACGAGGCUACGUUUGAGGAUGCGUUGGUGGAAGAAGCGGUGGCUAAGAAUCAUAGCACAACUAAAGAGGCAAUUGAUGUUGGAUCUUCGGCGGGAGUGUACCGGAUCAUACUGACUCAUUUUAGCCAGAGAUAUCCGAAGAUUCCGGUGAUUGACGAGUCGCAUAUGCAUAAUACAUGCAUUGCUUUCGAUAUGAUGAGUAUAAACAUGGCGGAUUUGCAUGUGCUUCCUAAGAUUGUUCCUUACUUCAAAACUCUGUUCAGAAACGAUGUGGUUGAAGAAGAAGAGGGAGACGAAGAAGAGAGUGAUGAUGAAGAAGAUGAUGGUUUGGUGAGAGACAAAGUCUCAAGCUUUUUCAUCAAUUAG